UCUUAAUCGCCUUAUAAGCAUUGAAGAAAAAAAAUUAGACCGAAAAAUACCAGAACUGAAAUUAUUGAUUUGUGGUGUCCGCUUUACAUACUAGGUCAUGUUAACAAAGACCUUGCAGACUUCCAUUCAUUUAUUGGAACCCGUCCUUUACCUUGAAAGCAGUCAAGACACGCCUACCGUUUUACGUGGAGUGGUGAACCUGGACCUCAAGAAAUCACGAGCCAUAGAAUCGCUUGACGUGUACUUCGAUGGUCAACUAGAAACACAAUGGAUUGGCAGUGAUUCGAAAUGUGAACAACGUCGUACGAACAUCGCACACCAACGCAUUGAUCUUCUUCGCGAUACACCGGGAUCGGCUUCUGCUCUUGUAUUGAAUUCGGGAAAGACUCGCUUCGGAUUCGAGAUGGAGCUACCCGAAGGACUGCCAGAAACCGUCGAAUGUCCAAACAUACGAGUGCAUUACCAAGUAUCGGCCGUGGUCACCUUUGUCAAUAACCGUCGCAUUUUGCAAACUGGAAAAGCACCGGUAAAAAAGACCGUGCAGCGAUCCAAGACAUUUGUAAGGCUUGCGCGGCUGCCCUUUGAAGACAUUCUGCUUGGCGAAAACUACCGUGCGCUCAUCGAUUCUCGAAAGCAUCUGUCAAAAUGGUUCCAGUACCAUAUUAUCAUCGAUAAGAAGGCUGUUGCCCUCGGUACCUGGCUCCCCGUCACAGUGGGUCUGGCACCCACAGUUCCCGGAUUACGGAUAAUGCAUUUCUGUUUACAAGUGAUUGAACGUCGAAGCGUGUGCCCUGACAAAUGGCAUACCAUUCAGACUUGCCACAUGCUGCAACGAGCUUGCAGCACUGAUCCACAAAUCCCUAACUGCGAUUUGGACGAGCCAUGGCAAGGCACCAUCCACUACAAGGUCCCCGAUGAUCGAAGCUUAGCUCACUCCACGCAACGUUACUCCGGCUUCCGUGUUAGCCACAUGCUACUCAUAUCCAUCAUGAUCUCUUUUCCCGAAAAAGGCGCUCUCAGCUUGACCAAACGAGGUCAGCGCACCAUCACUUUUCAGACCGACAUCGACCUGCUGGACCGUUCGGUGGGCGUGCUCGAAAGGAACAAUGCCAUCAUUUUACCUUCUUACGAUGGACCCUCGCCUUUCACAGUGCGAGACAUGCUGUUCGGUAAUCCUGAUACAAGUGGCAUUUUUCCCCCUGCGUAUCAUGAAAUUGCGUGAAAACUAUGAGCUUCCUUGUCAGCUACCGUGACCCUUCAUCAUCCCUUUAUAAGAACCAUGUAGUUGGUUCGACAAAUUUCACAUUUGUAAAUAACCAUGAUAUUUAUACCGG